AUGCGCCUCAGCGUCAAACCCGUAGCAGUUUGGCCAUCCAAUGGCGCUGCUUACCUGCGGAGACCUCGCAACUACCCCGAUAGCAUCAACGUGCGCGACUCCUACGAACGACAAUCGACUCAAUCGUGCCGAUUCUCCCAAUCGAGUACUUGCCAUGGCGAAUAUACCACCAUAUUCUCUCCAAAUCGCUCUUGCAAAUUCGACAAGUCGCUUAGAAUAGGCGGUGGAUUAUGGCGAUUUUCCACCUCCACACCUGAAAGAAGCGAUGGCUUCGAUGAGGAUGAGGAGGUCGAUUUUGCUGCCAGCACAUCUGAUAUAAGCCGUAUGGUUCGCCAAAGAGUGAACCCUAUCAAGGAAGCCGAAGAACGGGCUCGAAAGAAGAGAGAGGAAGAACAGCUUUUGAUGCGGCGGAGUGUAGAGUUAUUUCAGCGGGCUGACGAGUAUGCGGACGGGCUACGAAGCGCAGUCAAUCUGGUUCAGAAAAUCAAACAGCAUGCGGGAGAACGAAGACGAGCUCAUGAACAGUGGAUGAGGCUCUACGAACAAGUGAUUACGAGCAGUGCAUCUUUGGUCAACGGUGAGAAUCAGCUAUUUGAGGAAUACUUUAUCCUCAAAUAUUCCAGGGCUGGUACUGUCGGCUCAUUCAUUGAUAUCAACGCUACGAUACUCAAACAUGCCCAAGCUGAAGUAUCAAACAGCCGCCAAGCUCUUAGACGCAUCGAGUUGGCGUCUCGAAGAAUCGACCUGGAAUUGCAAUUAACACGGCUUGCAGACUCACUUGGCUCAGUAACCGAGAGGCUCUCUGAUUACCAUGUCACACCUAUCGCCUCGGCAAGAAGAAACAUGGAAAACAUCCUCAUGCCGCUUUCUAGAUUCCACGUACUAUAUGCAAACCUACAGACCUUGGGACACAGAUUGGUAUCGGGAAAGGAGGCCAUUUUGUCCCUACUCAGAGGUAUAACUGUAAAAAACCCCAUGAACAGAUCCCGUCAUACCAGGCUGCAGUGCAAAACAUGGAAUGGGACCGAAGCGCUUUUGCAAGCGGUUCAUCAGUAUCGAGCGGCGAAGCGUAUAUCGCGAUGGCGUGGUCCCCUAGGGCGAAGUCACAUUCUUACCAUGGCCCAAAAUUAUAACAGAAUCUCGGUUAUAAUGAUGCUCGCACCUGAUUUGGGAGUGAGCAUAAGGCGUUUAAAGGCUGAACUCGCUACCCACGGUCCAGCAUCGCUUUUGGCCCACUGGUAUCUUCAUCGAUGGAAAGAAGGUGCUCCGCGUAGUGCCGAUCUCGAUAUAGCCUGGAGACAUCUCGACGUCUAUCAUUCCUUCGACUUACUUUACGUGUCUACUCGGCUUCUACGCAGUAAGGUCAGAUGCCUCUCUGCGGUCAUGGGUGAAAGCGGAAACUUCAACCCCACGUUUGUAGCAUACUUGAAGGAAUGGACUCAGAGGUUUGCGGUUAUGAACGCUUCCAUGUUACAAGACCUUGAGUUGAUGAGUUAUUACACCUGGCUAAGAUUAGAAACCGAGGACAAGGUCAGAAGGCUAGGCGGGGUCCCUGAUACCAUUUCCCGAGACCUGUUUACCCCUAAAGAUCCUCUCAGCGCUGACCUACACCGGUUUUUCCGUUAUGUUUAUGCUAUCGGGGACGGUAUACUUCAGUGCAUGAACCUUGAAUUGGCUCUUGAUCGGUUCAGGCUUCUGAAAGGGCCCAAAACGUCUGAUCUGAUUAAGCUCCUUGAAUUCUCGCCAUAUUCUAGAGGUUUGGUUGAAAAUUUACCAUCUAUAGCCGAAAAUGCAACCACAACAGGAGUAUCUGCCGGAAGGCGGAAAACGGCACCUUUACGACAAACGAAUGAACGAGUACCAGCAGCACGCUCACUAGCGAAAUACUCAAGAUCGUCUCUUGCGCUGGCCCUGACCAAGAAGGCUAUAAUAUUGAUGCGUACAAAAGCUACCGGAUCGGGAAUCAUUUCAUCUGCGACAGGGGCGAGUAAAAUUGCUGCACCGCCUAGUCGAGGGCUUUGUACAGAUCCCAGAGCUUUUGUAAACGAUGACGGGCGACAGUGCGGGGUAUCGAAACCAGAUCUAGCGCUGAUCAACAAGAAUCGAAAAGUCCAAGCCGGAUUAUCGUCACCUGGUCGAGUGGAGGAUAAAGAGGCGGCUGGUUCUUUGGUUUCGCAUACAGAACAUCCAGUUAUAAUGUUGUCUCAUGGAACGCCAGAUAAUUUCGACGAACCUCCCGUUAUUGAUUCUGACGCAUCCAAACCUCAAUACUGGAGCUACACUCAGUACAGAGCGCCAAAUGGGGAAAAGAUCCCCGUUUAUUAUUGCAAGAAUCUUGAACAAGCCGAACGCGCGGCAGCACUAUUUUCUGCAAGCGAGGUUUUAGGCUUUGACAUUGAAUGGAGACCCCAAGCUCAAACCACAUCGGGAAUCAAGAGCAAUGUAUCUCUAAUCCAAAUCGCCAAUGAGGAACGCAUAGGACUGUUUCAUAUCGCGCUGUUCAGGGGCAAUGAGAUCCAUGACUUGGUUCCGCCAUCACUCCGACAACUACUCGAGUCUACCACUACCGUCAAAGUGGGCGUAUCCAUCAAAGCAGACUGUUCACGUGUCCGGCGGCAUUUGGGUAUCAAUACCCGGAGUCUGUUCGAACUCAGCCAUCUCUACAAACUAGUCAAGUACGGCACAACACAGCCGAAAUUGGUUGAUCGACGUACUGUCAACCUCGCUCAACAGGUUGAAGAGGUGUUAGGUUUACCCUUGAAAAAAGAUGGUGAUGUGCGGAAAAGCGAUUGGACUAAACCUUUGGAUUAUGCUCAAGUUCAAUACGCCGCAUCGGACGCUUAUGCAUGUAUAUGUCUUCAUCGAACACUAGAAGUGAAAAGAAAAGCAUUAACGCCCAUCCCUCCAUUACCAGCUUUUGCUGAACUCAACCUCCCCAUUCUUCUUGUUGAGGAAGAUAAACCCGAGGUCGCAGAGCCAGAGGACGAAAUAGUUGAACUUAGCGUGCGUACAGAAAAGUCAUUGAAGUUGAAGGAGGAGGGAGAAAAAGAAAAGGCACUUGUCAAAGUCGUCAAUGAGGGAAACUAG